AUGCCACGUAAGCUACGUAAGAAUAUACGUAAGAGGAAGGGAGCAUUGAAACAUCCAAUAGUAAAACUGACACCACAACAACAGUUGCAACAACAAAUGAUGAAUGACCCCACUAUGUUGCAACAAAUGUCAAGCAACCCUAUGCUUUUAAACCGAGUUAUUGGUGCACAGAGUGGAGGUUUAAGAGCGGCACUUUUAGCGAAAAUGGCAGGCUAUGGUGGAGCUGCAGACGGAACAGCUUAUAACCCUCAAAGUCAAAUGAAUUUGAGUUCACUCAAAAAUCAAAUAACAGAUGUCAAAAAGUCAAACAUAGACAUACAGAAACAAAUAAGUGAAAACGAAAAGAAACUAGAAUAUGACAGACACACAAAGAAACUCAAUGAGUUAAACGUAGAGAAAAAGAAGAAAGAAGAACAACUGAAAGAACUAAGUACAGAGGAAUAUGCGAAAAAAGUGUCAGAAAAAGCAGCAGAAGUAGCAAAAAUGGAACAAGAUGUUAUAAAUUUGAAAAACCAUACUACUCAAUAUAAAGUACUGAAAGAUGAAGAAUAA